UUUUCCACCCCAUCCUGCCGCGGCCCGAGAGGGAUGGAAAAUGGCGGCCUAGGCGCGGAGUUUCCUGGCGCAGCGGCGGCGGCCUGGGCGCGGGGGGCGCGGGCGGCAGCAUGACGCGCUGGGUGCCCACCAAGCGCGAGGAGAAAUACGGCGUGGCUUUUUAUAACUAUGAUGCUCGGGGAGCGGAUGAACUUUCUUUACAAAUAGGAGACGCCGUGCACAUCCUGGAGACAUAUGAAGGGUGGUACAGAGGUUACACCUUAAGAAAAAAGUCUAAGAAGGGUAUAUUUCCUGCUUCGUACAUCCAUCUUAAAGAAGCCAUAGUUGAAGGAAAAGGGCAACAUGAAACGGUCAUCCCAGGCGACCUCCCCCUCAUUCAGGAGGUCACCACGACCCUGCGAGAGUGGUCUACCAUCUGGAGGCAGCUCUAUGUGCAAGAUAACAGGGAGAUGUUCCGGAGCGUUCGACACAUGAUCUACGACCUUAUCGAGUGGCGGUCGCAGAUUCUUUCUGGAACUCUGCCCCAGGAUGAGCUCAAGGAAUUGAAGAAGAAGGUCACUGCCAAAAUUGAUUAUGGAAACAGAAUCCUUGAUUUGGACUUGGUGGUGAGAGAUGAAGACGGGAACAUUCUGGAUCCAGAACUAACUAGCACGAUUAGUCUUUUCAGAGCUCACGAAGUAGCUUCCAAACAAGUGGAGGAAAGAUUGCAAGAAGAAAAAUCUCAGAAGCAGAACAUAGACAUUAACAGACAAGCCAAGUUUGCCGCCACCCCUUCCCUGGCCUUGUUUGUUAACCUCAAAAACGUGGUCUGUAAAAUAGGAGAAGAUGCCGAGGUGCUCAUGUCUCUCUACGACCCUGUAGAGUCCAAGUUCAUCAGUGAAAACUACCUGGUUCGCUGGUCAAGUUCAGGAUUGCCUAAAGACAUAGACAGAUUACAUAAUUUGCGAGCUGUUUUCACUGACCUGGGAAGCAAAGACCUGAAAAGGGAGAAGAUCAGUUUUGUGUGCCAGAUCGUCCGCGUGGGCCGCAUGGAGCUGAGGGAUAACAACACGCGGAAGCUGACCUCGGGCCUGCGACGGCCUUUCGGGGUGGCCGUGAUGGAUGUAACGGAUAUAAUAAAUGGAAAAGUAGAUGAUGAAGACAAACAGCACUUCAUUCCCUUUCAGCCGGUGGCAGGGGAGAAUGACUUCCUUCAGACUGUUAUAAACAAAGUCAUUGCUGCCAAAGAAGUCAACCACAAGGGCCAGGGUUUGUGGGUAACGCUGAAAUUACUUCCUGGAGAUAUCCAUCAGAUUAGAAAAGAGUUUCCUCAUUUGGUGGACAGGACCACCGCGGUGGCUCGGAAGACGGGCUUCCCGGAGAUCAUCAUGCCAGGUGAUGUUCGAAAUGAUAUCUAUGUAACAUUAGUUCAAGGAGAUUUUGAUAAAGGCAGCAAGACGACAGCUAAGAAUGUCGAAGUUACGGUGUCUGUUUACGAUGAAGAUGGAAAACGGCUGGAGCAUGUGAUUUUCCUGGGCGCUGGUGAUGAAGCGAUUUCAGAGUACAAGUCGGUGAUUUACUACCAAGUGAAACAGCCGCGCUGGUUUGAGACGGUUAAGGUGGCCAUCCCCAUCGAGGACGUGAACCGCAGUCACCUUCGGUUUACCUUCCGGCACAGAUCGUCCCAGGACUCUAAGGACAAGUCUGAGAAGAUAUUCGCCCUGGCUUUUGUAAAGCUCAUGCGCUACGAUGGGACCACCCUGAGGGACGGGGAGCAUGAUCUUAUCGUCUACAAGGCGGAAGCGAAGAAGCUGGAGGACGCGGGCACGUACCUGAGCCUGCCCUCCACCAAGGCCGAGCUGGAGGAGAAGGGCCACUCAGCCACCGGCAAGAGCAUGCAGAGCCUCGGGAGCUGCACCAUCAGCAAGGACUCCUUUCAGAUCUCCACGCUCGUGUGCUCCACCAAGCUGACCCAGAAUGUGGAUCUGCUGGGGCUCCUGAAGUGGCGAUCGAACACCAACCUGCUGCAGCAGAACCUGAGGCAGCUGAUGAAGGUGGACGGUGGAGAGGUGGUGAAGUUCCUCCAGGACACCUUGGAUGCCCUCUUCAACAUCAUGAUGGAGAACUCGGAGAGCGAGACCUUUGAUACAUUAGUGUUUGAUGCUCUGGUAUUUAUCAUUGGACUAAUUGCUGAUAGAAAAUUUCAGCAUUUUAAUCCUGUUUUGGAAACCUACAUUAAGAAACACUUUAGUGCAACCUUAGCGUACACGAAGCUGACGAAGGUUUUGCGGAACUAUGUGGACAAUGCCGAGAAGCCGGGAAUAAGUGACCAGCUGUAUAAAGCCAUGAAGGCUCUAGAGUACAUCUUCAAGUUCAUCGUGCGCUCCCGGAUCCUGUUCAACCAGCUCUAUGAGAACAAAGGAGAGGCCGACUUCGUGGAGUCCCUGGUGCAGCUCUUCCGGUCCAUCAGCGAUAUGAUGAGCAGCGUGUCGGACCAGACCGUCCGGGUGAAGGGGGCAGCGCUGAAAUACUUGCCAACUAUUGUCAACGAUGUGAAAUUGGUAUUUGAUCCCAAAGAGCUCAGCAAAAUGUUUACUGAUUUCAUCCUGAAUGUUCCCGUGGGUUUGCUGACCAUUCAGAAGCUGUAUUGCUUGAUUGAAAUAAUUCACAGUGACCUCUUCACACAGCAUGACUGCAGAGAGAUCCUGCUUCCCAUGAUGACGGAUCAGCUCAAGUACCAUCUGGAGAGACAGGAAGAUCUGGAGGCCUGCUGCCAACUGCUCAGCAACAUCCUUGAGGUUCUGUACCGGAAGGACGUGGGGCCGACGCAGAGGCACGUCCAGAUCAUCAUGGAGAAGCUUCUCCGGACAGUGAACCGAACCGUCAUUUCCAUGGGGCGGGACUCUGAACUCAUCGGAAAUUUCGUGGCCUGUAUGACAGCUAUUCUACGACAGAUGGAAGACUAUCAUUAUGCCCAUUUGAUCAAGACUUUUGGGAAGAUGAGGACCGAUGUGGUGGAUUUCCUGAUGGAGACAUUCAUCAUGUUUAAGAACCUCAUUGGGAAGAAUGUCUACCCGUUCGACUGGGUGAUCAUGAACAUGAUGCAAAAUAAAGUCUUCCUGCGAGCGAUUAAUCAGUAUGCGGAUAUGCUGAACAAAAAAUUUCUGGAUCAAGCCAACUUUGAGCUGCAGCUAUGGAACAACUAUUUUCACCUGGCCGUCGCUUUCCUCACUCAAGAGUCCCUGCAGCUGGAGAAUUUUUCAAGUGCUAAGAGAGCGAAAAUCCUUAACAAGUACGGAGAUAUGCGGAGACAGAUCGGCUUCGAGAUCAGGGACAUGUGGUACAACCUCGGUCAACACAAGAUCAAGUUCAUUCCAGAGAUGGUCGGUCCCAUAUUAGAAAUGACGCUGAUUCCAGAGACAGAGCUUCGCAAAGCCACCAUCCCCAUCUUCUUUGACAUGAUGCAGUGUGAAUUCCACUCCACCCGAAGCUUCCAGAUGUUUGAAAAUGAGAUCAUCACCAAGCUGGAUCAUGAAGUGGAAGGAGGCAGAGGCGAUGAGCAGUACAAAGUGUUAUUUGAUAAAAUCCUCUUGGAGCACUGCAGGAAACACAAAUACCUCGCCAAAACGGGAGAGACUUUCGUAAAGCUUGUCGUGCGCCUGAUGGAGAGACUUCUGGACUAUAGAACCAUCAUGCACGAUGAGAACAAAGAAAACCGCAUGAGCUGCACGGUCAACGUGCUGAAUUUCUACAAAGAGAUUGAAAGGGAAGAAAUGUAUAUACGGUAUUUGUACAAGCUCUGCGACCUGCACAAGGAAUGUGAUAACUAUACUGAAGCCGCCUAUACCCUGCUCCUCCAUGCAAAGCUUCUGAAGUGGUCGGAGGACGUGUGCGCGGCCCACCUCACCCAGCGGGAUGGAUACCAGGCGACGACCCAGGGGCAGCUGAAGGAGCGGCUCUACCAGGAGAUCAUCCACUACUUCGACAAAGGCAAGAUGUGGGAGGAGGCCAUCGCCCUGGGCAAGGAGCUGGCAGAACAGUAUGAGAACGAAAUGUUUGAUUAUGAACAGCUCAGCGAACUGCUGAAAAAACAGGCUCAGUUUUAUGAAAACAUCGUCAAGGUGAUACGUCCAAAGCCUGACUAUUUUGCCGUCGGUUACUACGGACAAGGAUUCCCCACCUUCCUUCGGGGGAAAGUGUUCAUUUAUCGAGGGAAAGAGUAUGAACGCCGAGAGGAUUUUGAAGCUCGGCUACUGACUCAGUUUCCAAACGCUGAGAAGAUGAAGACAACGUCCCCACCGGGUGAAGACAUUAAAAACUCUCCCGGCCAAUAUAUUCAGUGCUUCACAGUAAAGCCCAAACUUGAUCUGCCUCCUAAAUUUCACCGGCCCGUGUCAGAGCAGAUUGUAAGUUUCUACAGAGUCAAUGAGGUCCAGCGAUUUGAAUAUUCUCGUCCAAUCCGCAAGGGAGAGAAAAACCCAGACAACGAAUUUGCGAAUAUGUGGAUCGAGAGGACCAUAUAUACCACUGCGUAUAAACUGCCUGGCAUUCUGAGGUGGUUUGAGGUCAAGUCUGUUUUCAUGGUGGAGAUCAGCCCCCUGGAGAACGCCAUCGAGACCAUGCAGCUGACCAACGACAAGAUCAACAGCAUGGUGCAGCAGCACCUGGACGACCCCAGCCUCCCCAUCAACCCGCUCUCCAUGCUCCUGAACGGCAUCGUGGACCCCGCCGUCAUGGGAGGCUUUGCCAAUUACGAGAAGGCCUUCUUCACAGAGCGGUACCUGCAGGAGCACCCCGAGGCCCACGAAAAGAUCGAGAAGCUUAAGGACCUGAUUGCUUGGCAGAUUCCGUUUUUGGCUGAAGGGAUCAGGAUUCAUGGAGACAAAGUCACAGAAGCACUGAGGCCGUUUCACGAGAGAAUGGAGGCCUGUUUCAGACAGCUAAAGGAGAAAGUGGAGAAGCAGUACGGCGUCCGCACCAUGCCCUCAAGUCUGGACGACAGAAGAGGCAGCCGCCCCCGGUCCAUGGUCCGAUCCUUCACCAUGCCUUCCUCGUCCCGGCCUCUGUCUGUGGCUUCUGUCUCCUCCCUCUCGUCCGACAGCACCCCUUCCAGGCCUGGCUCGGAUGGGUUCGCUCUGGAACCCCUCCUGCCAAAGAAAAUGCACUCCCGGUCCCAGGACAAGCUGGACAAGGACGACCCUGACAAAGAGAAGAAGGACAAGAAGAAGGAAAAAAGGAACAGCAAGCAUCAAGAGAUAUUCGAUAAAGAAUUUAAACCCACCGACAUUCCCCUGCAGCAAUCUGAGGCUGUCAUCCUUUCAGAAACGAUCAGCCCACUGCGGCCCCAGCGACCGAAGAGCCAGGUGAUCAACGCCAUGGGGGGCGAGCGGCGCUUCUCGGUGUCCCCGUCCUCCCCGUCCUCCCAGUCCACACCGCCCCCGGUCAUGCCGAGGGCCAAGCUCAGCUUCAGCCUGCAGUCCAGUUUGGAGCUGAACGGCAUGACCGUGACCGGGCUGGAAGUGGCUGAAGUUCCGCCCCCUCUGCCUCUCAAAGGCACCAGCACGGACUACGGGACCUUGACCGAGAACCUGGACUUGACGGGCUCACCAACGCCCCCGCCCCCUCCUCCUCAUCAGAGGCAUCUGCCUCCUCCUCUGCCCAGCAAGACCCCGCCGCCACCCCCUCCCAAGACGACGCGCAAGCAGACCUCAGUGGACUCGGGGAUUGUGCAGUGAAGCCACGGCAUCCCCCGAAGGGCGAGCUGACAUCCUUCCCCUCCCUCGCAUCUCCUCCCACAUCUGGCAUUUACCUCAUGGGGCCUGUGAUCUGACCUUUAGUGCAAUUGCUUUUCCCUAACAGGAUUUCGUCUCCAGCCACAGGGUGAGCGGGCUUUAGCAUCACGGAGUAAGGAGGCGGGUACGGGCCCAGGACAUGCGGUUGUGUUUAUCAGCGUCUGAGUGUGUCCAUCUUGAAAGAGCCUAAGUCUUGCCCAAAAGCUCUUACUUUCUGUGCCAGAUGACACAUUAGCAAAGAGCCCAGUUGACCUGAGCUGAGCACAGGAGGGAGAGGUUAGAGCCGCAUACUAACAGCGGACAAGUCCUCAGCUCCCCGCCAGACCCCAGGUGACCCUGCCAGGCUGUCUCAUGGAACGCUCCUGGCUGCAGCUGGCGGUGUGGCUUCCUGUGGGCUGGGGGCUCCUUCCGUCUCCAUCAGACAACCACGGUCAGCCCUUUCCGGGAAGUUCCUGCUUUCCCUUGGUGUAAUUUAAAAUAGGAUACUUCUCUGCUACUGAACAGUUACUAAUUUAUGGAGUGGAGACACCAUUAAAAAUACUGGAUCAAGUGGGAAAAAUACGUAUGAGUGCAGGAAGAUCCAUUUUCUCUCUUCUUAAAAGAAGGAUAUGUAGACCACAGGCGGUGGUUUUAAUUGGGUGAAUUCUUCUUGUGCUCAUUCUGUACAGAAGUUUGUAUAUAUGAGGGUCUUUAGAACUUGUUUUAAUUUUUGUGGUCCUUCUGUUUAUUGUCCUAGGCACCCACAAAUGAUUCUCAAUAUGUGCUCUUAACUUGUAACUGAGGGAAGUGUAAAAAAGAAACACAAAUGAAAUUUUCUUGUUUUUUUUUUACCCCCUGCAAAGCGCAAGCCCUAAAAAUGUUCCUGGACAAUGAUUUAAAAAAAAAACAACAACUAACUUUGUGUAACCUAAUAUUUUAUUCUAUCAUCUAUAUUUUUUUAUUGACUAUAAUCAUGAUAUUCUUCUAGUAGGCUCAAAAGUUAAUCAUUGACAACAAAAAAUAAAAUGUUGUUUAAAAAGUC